AUGUCUCCUUAUCAGCUUGUCUUUGGAAAAGCAUGCCAUCUUCCGGUGGAGUUAGAACAUCGAGCAUUUUGGGCAUUAAAAACAUUGAACUUUGACAUAAAUGAAGCUGGGAUUGCAAGGAAACUCCAACUUAAUGAAUUGGAUGAAUUGCGAAAUGAAGCUUACGAGAAUGCGAAGAUUUAUAAAGACAAGACAAAAAUUGCCCAUGACAAAGCACUAGUACCCAAGCAUUUUGAGCCGAAUCACAAGGUGUUGUUGUUCAACUCAAGACUUCGAAUAUUUCCGGGCAAACUUCGUUCAAGAUGGUCUGGACCGUUUCUAGUUGUUCGUGUAUUUCCACAUGGGGCUGUUGAGAUUCAAGACAUGAAAACAGGUUCUGUCUUGAAGGUGAAUGGGCAUCGCCUCAAACCUUACUUGGAGCAAAUUGAUACUUUGCAAGAUCAAAGUAAGACUCUCGAGGUGUUGUACCUCGAUACUCCCCCAUCUAUGUGA